UCCACGACUGUCUUUCAACCCGGACAGACGCCAGGACAGAAAUGUCUCUGCAACAAACGAAUUUCAUAUAAAUUUUUCUAUACGAAUCUAGUUUAUAUACAACAGAAAAAAUAGUGAACGAACAAAAAAAAAUUGUGAUUUUUUAUUUUUUUUAUUUGACGUGUUUCAGUGAUCGACUGUACUGAGAGUGAGGUACUGUGUAGUGCGGAUAUUUGUUUUUUUUUUUAAUAUAAUUUAUUUCCUGCCGUGUGAUUUUCGUGGGAACCCAAAAAAAUGUGGCCACCAAGAUUGCUGAGGUGGGCAUUCGCUAUCCUGUUGAUAGCUGCCAUCAUCGCACCUACAUCAAGUACUUCUAAUGUCCGCAGAAGACUCCGCAAGCCUAGCAAAGUUUCAACUUCAGUUACAUCCAGCGUAUCUAGAUCUUCAGACCAGAUCAUCUCAGCUAGUGUCAACAGGCCUAAGAUACGUGGUCGACCUAACGUUGCCAGUCGGAAAUCUUCAGCUGCUAUUGAUAAUUCUGUCACUACUGACCUUCAUAAAGACAAAGAUGGAUACAAAAUCGUCUGCUACUACACCAACUGGUCUCAAUAUCGUACCAAGAUCGGCAAGUUCACGCCAGAAGACAUCCAGCCUGACCUGUGCACUCACAUCAUCUUCGCUUUCGGCUGGCUGAAGAAGGGCAAGCUCAGCUCUUUUGAAUCCAAUGAUGAAACCAAGGACGGAAAGACCGGAUUGUAUGACAGAAUCAAUGCGCUGAAGAAGGCUAACCCUAAGUUGAAGACCUUGCUUGCUAUUGGUGGUUGGUCGUUCGGUACCCAGAAGUUCAAGGAGAUGUCAGCGACUCGGUACGCUCGUCAGACGUUCAUCUACUCUGCAAUCCCCUAUCUUCGUGACAGGAACUUUGAUGGUCUGGAUGUAGACUGGGAGUACCCUAAAGGAGGAGACGACAAGAAGAACUACGUGCUGUUGUUGAAAGAAUUACGCGAAGCCUUCGAAGCUGAAGCUCAAGAAGUAAAGAAACCUCGUCUUCUCCUCACCGCUGCUGUACCAGUCGGUCCUGACAACAUCAAGGGUGGAUAUGAUGUGCCUGCUGUUGCUAGCUAUCUGGACUUCAUCAACGUCAUGGCCUACGAUUUCCACGGUAAAUGGGAGAGGGAAACUGGCCACAACGCCCCUCUGUACGCGCCCUCCUCAGACUCCGAGUGGAGGAAGCAACUGUCUGUAGACCACGCUGCUCAUCUCUGGGUCAAACUUGGUGCUCCUAAAGAGAAACUUAUCAUUGGUAUGCCAACAUACGGACGAACGUUCACCCUCUCGAACCCCAAUAACUUUAAAGUGAAUUCUCCCGCGAGUGGAGGAGGCAAAGCUGGAGAAUACACAAAGGAAGGAGGUUUCCUUGCCUACUAUGAGGUGUGUGAGAUAUUGAGAAACGGUGGUACCUACGUUUGGGAUGAUGAAAUGAAGGUGCCUUACGCCAUCAACGGAGAUCAAUGGGUUGGCUUCGACGAUGAGAAAUCCAUCAGGAACAAAAUGAGAUGGAUUAAAGACAAUGGUUUCGGUGGUGCUAUGGUAUGGACCGUUGAUAUGGAUGACUUCAGCGGAAGCGUUUGUGGUGGUGAUGUCAAAUACCCUCUGAUUGGUGCUAUGAGAGAGGAACUUCGCGGCAUUUCUCGUGGUAAGGACGCUCAAGACGUCGACUGGGCAUCAGUCGCUUCUAGUGCUCUCAUUGAAGUCACUGAGAAACCAGAACCCAUCAAGAUCAGCCUCUCCGAUGUCCUCAAGAGGGUUAAGAAGCCUGUCAAGAAUGUCAUCAUCAAGAACAACAACAAUGCUGUUAUUGACAAGAACAGACGUGAACCACAGAUCCUCUGCUACCUAACCUCUUGGUCUUCGAAGAGACCGUCUGCUGGUCGUUUCCUGCCAGAAAACGUGGACCCUACCCUCUGUACCCACAUCAUAUAUGCCUUCGCCACCCUAAAGGACCACAAGCUAACAGAAGGAGAUGAGAAGGACGCAGAAAUGUACGAUAAAGUCGUCGCUUUGAGAGAAAAGAACCCCAAUCUGAAGAUCCUCCUCGCCAUCGGUGGCUGGGCUUUCGGCUCCACACCCUUCAAAGAAUUGACCUCGAACGUGUUCCGUAUGAACCAGUUCGUGUACGAAGCUAUUGAAUUCCUCAGGGACUACCAGUUCAACGGUCUGGAUGUAGACUGGGAGUAUCCUAGAGGAGGUGACGACCGUGCAGCAUUCGUUUCCCUACUCAAGGAACUUCGAUUAGCCUUCGAAGGUGAAGCUAAGACGUCAGGACAGCCAAGACUGCUCCUGUCUGCUGCUGUACCUGCGUCCUUCGAAGCGAUCGCUGCUGGAUACGACGUGCCUGAGAUUUCUAAAUACCUGGACUUCAUCAACGUGAUGACCUACGACUUCCAUGGACAAUGGGAACGCCAAGUUGGACACAACAGUCCUCUCUUCCCUCUUGAGAGUGCCACCAGCUACCAGAAGAAACUGACAGUGGACUACUCAGCCCGAGAAUGGGUUAGACAGGGUGCUCCUAAAGAGAAGCUAAUGAUUGGUAUGCCCACGUACGGCAGGUCAUUCACCUUGAUCAAUGACACACAGUUUGACAUCGGAGCUCCUGCGUCUGGUGGUGGUGCUGCUGGUCGCUUCACGAACGAGGCUGGUUUCAUGUCCUACUACGAAAUCUGCGAGUUCCUUCGUGAAGACAACACGACUCUUGUCUGGGACAACGAACAGAUGGUGCCCUUCGCGUACAGAGAUGACCAAUGGGUCGGAUUCGAUGAUGAGAGAUCACUGAAGACUAAGAUGGCCUGGCUGAAAGAAGAAGGGUUCGGUGGUAUUAUGGUCUGGUCCGUAGAUAUGGAUGACUUCAGAGGAUCUUGUGGUACCGGCAAAUAUCCUCUCAUCACCGCUAUGAAGCAAGAGCUUGGAGACUACAAAGUCAGAUUGGAAUACGAUGGGCCUUACGAAUCAUCCAACCCUAAUGGGCAGUAUACUACUAAAGAUCCUAACGAAGUAGUAUGCGAAGAAGAAGACGGCCACAUCUCUUACCACCCUGACAAGGCUGACUGCACCAUGUACUACAUGUGUGAAGGAGAGAGGAAACACCACAUGCCCUGUCCACAAAACUUGGUCUUCAACUACAAUGAGAACGUCUGUGAUUGGCCAGAAAAUGUCGAAGGAUGCACCCAUCACACACAAGCCCCCGCCGCAAAACGAUAAUAAUUUUAAAAAGUUUUUAAAUAAAUAGUAAUAAAACAUGCAAUCCACAUUGAAAGUAACAACUAUUAAAUUUUGUUGACAUUAUUUAGUUAAUAUUCGGUGUUUUUAGGUCCUGUUUCUAGCUAUGUAAAUCGCAAUAAUUUUAUAAAUACAUAGUGUUCAAAAUUAGGUUUAUCUAGAUGACAUACUAACUUAUCUUUCGAGAUUACUUAAACUUCUUUGAUGGUGUGUUAGGUUUUUAUACGAAAAUCGAAUUUAUUGUAAGGGAAUUGUGAGCCAUUUUGAGUUGUGCCACUACAAUGGCUUAUGAAGACAGAAAAUAUGGGCCGAAAAUUAGGCGCUUCAUUCCAAAAGCACUAUUAUCAAAAUCAAUAAUAUGAUUGCAGAAACCAAAUUUAAUAACUACAACAUUAUCUAAAGAAUAUAGAAAUAAAAUCUGUAUUAUUUUGACACGUUUCGUCAUUAACAUAUUUUAUAUCUUCAUAAAAUAAUGAAGCACCACCAAUCCUAUUAUAGUUACUCUAUUUCAUUAUUAUUUAUUGGCGUUACUUGGCUUCAUAGAUAGUGGAUGAAAGGAAUUGUGUGAUAAACAAAAUGUAAAUUUCUUUAACAUUACUACUGAAUAUUUCUUAGCUAUAGCUAUUGUUAAAUUAUAUUUCUUAGACUAGUUAUUUACGCUCCCAAAGGUACAUAAUUGCGUGUUUCCAUGGAGAUGGCACGAUGCUUCGAGUGAACAUCUCUCUUAUUUUAUUUCUAGUCUGUAGACAGAAACAAGGCAUUACUUUUUUAAAUAUUUAUAUUUA